AUGCACGUCCCUUCAUACGAUUCUAUUCUAUAUUCUUUUUUUUUUCUUUCUUUGCUCACGCUAGACACUGAAUUGUACGUAGGACCAAUUAAAAGCGUUGAUGAGGAUGACGGAACCGACAAACGUUUUUCUUUCUCUCUUUUUUCCUUUUCUUUUUCUUUUUUUUUCCUUGUCUUUCAUUUUGCUUCCAUGUUUCUUCACGUCUUUGAUCUCUUCUUUUGUGUUUUCUUUCUUUCUUUCUUUCUUUCUUUCUUUCUUUCUUUCUUUCUUCCCUGUUUCUUUCUUUCUUUGAUCUCUCCUUUCUUCUUGCUUGUUUCUUUAUUUCUUUGCUUUUUCUUUUCCUUCUUUUCUUCCGUCCUUCCUUCAUCUCUCCAUUCUUGUUUCUUUUCUUUUGUCUCUUUAUUUCUUUCUUCUUUAUUUCUUUCUUCUUUAUUUCUUUCUUUUGUCUCUUUAUUUCUUUUUUCUUUAUUUCUUUCUUCUUUGCGUCUUUUUUCUUUGAUCUCGCUUUUUUCUUUCUUCUCUUUUUUCUUCCCCUUUUUCUUUCUUUCAAUUCUUCCUUAUUCUUUUUCUUUCUUUCUGUCUUUCUAUCUAACUUUGUCUGUUUUCUUCCUUGCUUCUUUUUGUCUUUCUUCCUCUCUACACUCUCUUUCCCUCUGUUUCUCUGAUCCACAUUAUCGCUCUCACACACAUGGGCGAUCAUGA